CAAGCGCCACCACCCCACAUUAACCACACUCUUCCACCAAUCAAAUUUAACCACCUCACACUAUUCAGCAUCUCUAUUAGCAAUAAAAUCAUCCAAUUGGAAUAUAUUAGAGGAAGCAAGGAUGUAGCAGAUUCCAAUCACCAAAUCCAAAAAAUUGGGUGGUGCUUCGGCACGUGCGGCGUUGAAAGGGCGCGUCGGAAUAAAAAACCGCGUGGAUUGGGAAGGAUCCUGGAGAGGCGACGAUGAAGAUAAAAGCCUCGGUUUUGGUGCUGGUUCUGUAUUGUGUUUGCAUUGCAAAUUCUGUAAUUGAAAUGGCUACCGUAGGAGGAAUUCAUGAUUCUGAUGGAUCUCAGAACGCUCUUGAGAUCGAAAACCUUGCCCGAUUCGCCGUUGACGAGCACAACAAGAAACAGAAUACCCUUUUGGAGUUUAAUGGAGUGGUGAAAGUUAGACAGCAGGUGGUUGCUGGUACGAUAUACUAUAUUACUCUGGAUGCAACUGAUGGUGGCAAGAAGAACAAGUAUGAAGCCAAAAUCUGGGUGAAACCAUGGCUGAACUUCAAGGAACUGCAAGAAUUCAAGCCUAUUGGUGAUGAGCCUGCAACUGCUAGCGCUUAGGUACUCGAAGAUAUGUAUCUGGAUAUGCUUAACUUGAAGUACUGUUAAUUUGAAUUUUGAAGUACAUAAAGAAGAUUAGAUAUGUCUUCCAUUUAAAGUCCAAUGUAACCGAAAAAGGAUUAUAGCUUAUGGUAUUUGGAAUUGUGUGGAUCGGGCUUUAAUAUUUACCGUUUACUUGUAAAACUCUCUUAUGGAAUGAUGAAUAAUACGCUUGUAACUUAUGAUUCCUCCCUUCCUUCCAUGUCACGACUAUGGUGGAUUCAAUGAAAAUGUUUAUUAGAGUCUC